UGCAUUUCUACUGUGAUACCUGUUCUGUCCCCAUAUGUCGGGAAUGUACCAUGGGACGACAUGUGGGUCACAGCUUUAUCUACCUCCAAGACGCCCUACAGGACUCCAGGACUCUCACCAUUCAGCUCCUGGCAGAUGCUCAGCAAGGACGACAGGCUAUUCAACUGAGUAUUGAACAGGCCCAGGCUGUGGCAGAGCAAGUCGAGAUGAAAGCGAAGGUGGUACAGUCUGAAGUCAAGGUAGUGACCACUAGACACAAGAAGGCCUUGGAGGAGCGGGAGUGUGAGCUGCUCUGGAAGGUGGAAAAGAUUCGCCAAGUCAAGGCCAAGUCCCUCUACCUGCAAGUUGAAAAGUUGCGUCAGAACCUGAACAAGCUGGAUAACACCAUCAGUGCUGUUCAGCAGGUCCUGGAGGAGGGUCGCACCAUGGACAUUCUCCUGGCUCGGGACCGCAUGCUGGCUCAGGUGCAGGAGCUGAAGAACGUCAGAGGCCUUCUCCAGCCACAGGAGGACGACAGGAUCAUGUUCACCCCCCCUGACCAGGCAUUGUAUAUGGCCAUCAAAUCCAUGGGCUUUGUCAGCAGCGGGGCCUUCGCUCCCCUGACCAAAGCCACGGGGGAAGGUCUCAAGCGCGCUCUGCAGGGCAAGGUGGCCUCGUUCACCGUGAUCGGCUACGACCACGACGGGGAGCCUCGCCUCUCGGGGGGCGACAUGAUCUCUGCCGUGGUCAUGGGCCCCGAUGGAAACCUGUUCGGGGCCGACGUCAGCGAUCAGCAGAACGGGACCUACCUGGUGAGCUACCGUCCCCAGCUGGAGGGAGAGCACCUGGUGUCGGUGAUGAUGUGCAACCAGCACAUCGAGAACAGCCCCUUCAAAGUGAUGGUGAAGUCCGGGCGCAGCUACAUCGGCAUCGGGCUGCCGGGGCUGUCCUUCGGCAGCGAGGGAGACAGCGACGGCAAGCUCUGCCGCCCCUGGGGGGUCAGCGUCGACAAGGAGGGCUUCAUCAUCGUCGCCGACCGCAGCAACAACCGCAUCCAGGUGUUCAAGCCGUGCGGGACCUUCCAUCACAAGUUUGGCACGCUGGGCUCCCGGCCGGGCCAGUUCGACCGCCCCGCCGGCGUGGCCUGCGACGUUUCGCGCAGGAUCGUCGUGGCCGACAAGGACAAUCAUCGCAUCCAGAUCUUCACGUUCGAGGGGCAGUUCAUUCUGAAGUUCGGGGAGAAAGGAACGAAGAACGGGCAGUUCAAUUACCCGUGGGAUGUGGCCGUCAACGCGGAGGGCAAGAUCCUGGUCUCUGACACGAGGAACCACCGCGUGCAGCUCUUCGGGCCCGACGGCGUGUUCCUCAACAAGUACGGCUUCGAAGGGGUACUCUGGAAGCACUUUGAUUCCCCCAGAGGCGUGACGUUCAAUCACGAGGGCCACUUGGUAGUGACGGACUUCAACAACCAUCGCCUCUUGGUCAUCCACCCGGACUGCCAGUCGGCACGCUUCCUGGGCUCCGAGGGCACCGGCAACGGGCAGUUCCUGCGCCCGCAGGGGGUGGCGGUGGAUCAGGAAGGGCGCAUCAUCGUGGCCGACUCCAGGAACCACCGGGUGCAGAUAUUCGAGUCCAAUGGUAGCUUUUUAUGCAAGUUUGGCACUCAGGGAAGCGGCUUUGGUCAGAUGGACCGUCCUUCAGGUAUAGCUGUCACCCCUGAUGGCAUGAUUGUGGUGGUCGACUUUGGAAACAAUCGAAUUCUCGUCUUCUAAUCUGUGUUUGAAUUAGGAAGAAACUGUCUCAGGGAAAUUCUUCUAAGAGAAAAUGAAAAAAUACAACGUUAAUUCAAACCUACCUCAUCUUUAAUUUUUUUACAGAUGAAUGUACUUACCUUUUCUGCAGGGAGUGAGCCUGUAAAAUUGAAUUCUAUCUACCUCAUUGUCCUCCCUUCCCUCCCCGAUUUCUCGCCCCCCGCCCCAUCCCCACAUACUCAUAGUUCAGAACGUUUUACCUCUUUCCUCCCCGAUGGGGUUUCAUGCACAAACGAGAAUUGCUGUGCACAUUAGGUGGUUUGUGUGGUGAGUUCUGUUAGACUAAGCCAAGAAAGGCGCUUUGUAACUUUUUAAAUGGAGAAAAUGGUAGUAAGUGUUUGUAGAGAAAUUUGUGUUCUUGACCAUU